AUGGUCCUGGCUCUCGAUCUAUACCGCGAACUCCCAUCGCCAGCACCCCUUCCGGCGCCGGAACGAGAGAUGAGACGUCGUCUAUUCUGGACCGUCUACAUCAUGGACCGAUUUCUCACCUGCGGCUCGAAACGACCCUGUCUCGUCGCAGAUCAUUCAAUCGUGCUCCGAUUGCCCUCCAUGGGGACCGAAACCGGCGAAUGCUUCAACCCCGUCGGCCCCAACAUCCAGUACGCGUCCGAGACUCGACGAAAGGGGCCCGGCGCGCCCGCCCUCCUGGUCGACAUUACACGCAUCCUCGGUGUCACUCACCGCUACCUCGCCGCGGGCGGCGUCAAGGGCGACUCGCACUUCCCCUGGCAUGCGCUGUCGAACCUGUCGAAGAUCCGCCAGGAACUGGAUAUCUGGGCGGCCGGCACGCAGGACCUGUUCGCGUCGAUCGAGGCGCUGUUCGGUCACCCCGAGAGCACCGUGCUGCUGCUCAGCAAGCUCAUCUACCACCUGGUGCACUGCCUACUCUACCGACCGUUCCUACCGAUCGAUCUCGUCGAGCUGCGCGGGACCGGGCAGCACCAGUCAUGGCAGAUCGAGGCCACCACGCUGUGCUUCUCCCACGCCAAUGCCAUCGCCGAGCUGGUCGAGCUGGCGCGACAUGCCCCGCGCAUCGAAUGGCCGGACCUGGUGGCCUACUGCGUGUGCACGGCUGGUACGGUGCACGUUCACGGAGUGCACUAUCACGGUCGCGAGGGCGAGGUGUUUGCGUCGAGCGCCGACUUCCUAGCGCGCGAGAUGCACCAGCUGACGUGGUUGCGGCAGUCAUGGGCCGGCGUGCAGCACCAGCGCGAGAUGCUGCAGACCAUCUCGGCGGGCCACGCCGAGCUGGUGCAAACGCUGGCGGCGCGUCCCGUCCGCUUUGCCCCGGUCUUUCAUCUGGAGGAUUUCUUCGACCGGUACCCGGGUCUGGCCGUGGACGGGGCCCAUGUGCGAAUGGUGGACGGAGAAGACACCAUCUCCUUCGACCGACCGGACUUCUCCGAUCCCCGACUCAUGUACGCCAGUAUUCCGCCGGCCACCCCGACCCUCCCAUCCCAACCGGGUCGAUCCAACUCCUUCAGCUUCCACCCCUCCCAAGCGUCCCCCUCGUGGGCUCCGGGAUCCGAUCUCGGCCUCCCCGACGGCUCCGCCCUCGCAGGAUUCUCGCCGUCCGGCGUCAGCAGCUCCGCCUUCCUGGCCGAGUCGUUCGCCCCGGGGGCCAGCACCGCGGCGGCAGGCGGCAGCGCACCGACGCCGCCCGCCACGCAGCCCCAGUACGCCACGUUCCCCUUCGAAGCGCCCGUCGGCGGCACGGCCCUGACUCCAGGCGCGCAGUCCCAGGGCAGCAGCGGCGGGUCCGGGACGGGGGCGGCCGACCACGGGACGUCAGAGAAGGACCCGUUUCUGAGUCUCCUGGAGCAGUUGGCGGAGAACGAGCACUCGCACGGAGGACCCAGCGAGCUAGACUUUUUCCUAGGAGAGAGUCUCGAGAACGGGGAGGGACACGAGGCGGAGUGA